GUUAAUGCUUGGCAGAGCGAUGGAUGACAACCCGUAGGAUGAAGGGAUGGAAGAAGUCAGUCAGUUAGUCAGCGGAGAAGAGGCCGUCGGCAAUGCGAAAGAAAGCUUCGUGGGGAAAGACAAGAGGAGCGAGUCUAUUCUAUGGGAUGAUGACUUUGAACUUUAUGGAUCCUUGCAUUAUCACAGGAUGGCAAGGUCUUUUUUGCCAUUUUACUCUCUCGGUAUUUUGUACGCCUGUGUUGGGGCUGGGCAUUGGGCUGAUAACUGGCAUUAGCGGAAAAAGGCGGGACGGCAUUUUGGGUUGCUUGGGUGUGUAUGGUUUCGUCCGAACAAGGCAUUGUCCAGAUCAUAAAAUUGAAUUCGUCUCGUGUGUUUCUGGUCUCCAGCUUCCAGCCAGACUAUGAGUGUAUGUGAUCUGAUCCGGAAAGAGACGAGAUUGAUUGUGUGGUAACAGGAUGUCUGUAUAGAUGUGUAAAUGCGUAGCUAGCUAGCUAAAUCCAGAGCGUCUGUC